AUGAGCAUCCUCGAGAAAGUGUCUUCCAAUAAGGCGUUCGGCGGCGAGUUGAUCAAGUACAAGUUCAAGUCUGCCGCGCUCGGUGGACUCAACGCCAACUUCAACCUCUUCCUGCCCGCAAAUGCAGCGAAUGGGAAGGUCCCUAUCCUUUUCUACCUUUCCGGUCUCACCUGCACAGAAGACAAUGGGGCGCAGAAGGGCGGGUUCCUGGGGUCAGCCGCGCAGGAGGGCAUCGCGCUGCUCUUCCCAGAUACUUCUCCGCGAGGCGCGGGCAUUGAGGGCGAGGACGAUGACUGGGACUUUGGUACCGGUGCGGGCUUCUACCUGAAUGCGACCAACCCGAAGUAUUCGAAGAAUUAUAACAUGCUUACCCACGUCACGCUGGAGCUCCCUGAGGUGAUACAGGUUGCUGGACUGCCCAUUGACCUCAACCGCCAGUCAAUCUUCGGCCACUCGAUGGGCGGACACGGCGCACUGACGCUCUAUCUCAACUCGGUGCUCAAGGGCGUGAAGCAGUACCGCUCCGCGUCCGCCUUCUCACCCAUCUCGAACCCAACCAAGUGCCCGUGGGGCGAGAAGGCAUUCGCCGGUUACCUGCAGGGCGGUAUUGCAGAGGCGAAGGACAAGUAUGACGCGACGGAUCUUAUCUCGAAAACGGGGAAGGAGUCUCUGCACAUCCUGGUGGACUAUGGCACUGGGGACAACUUCUACAAGCAGGGCCAACUGCUCCCGGAGAACUUCCUCAAGGCCGCUCGGGAUGUCGGCUACGAUGAGGUGCAGGUGCGCGUGCGAAGCCAGGAGGGCUACGACCACAGCUACUACUUUAUUUCGACCUUUGGCGCAGACCACAUUCAUUUCCACGCGAACUUUCUUAAGGCGUGAGAUGCCGGGAAUGUUGUGAUAGGAGUGCGAAUUGCGCAAUAUAGGGAGAAUCUAUGUUGCACACUGUACUAGGAUUCAGGAAGACCAUAAGUUGUAACAUCAUGCUGCACGACAGCUCCGCAUAACCAUUGUUUUAUCAAUGAUUUACGUCGCUUCAUGACGCUGUACUGCAGUUGAGAACAGCC